UCGUAGCAUUUACGUUUGAGCGUUGCCGAGGUGGGUGAGGGACCCCCAGUGCAGUGAGAGACUGGUAGAUGAAUGCGCCAAAAGGCAAAGAAAAGAACAGAGGAGAGUUUUAGGACAGGUUAUGCGAGUUGGAAAGGAAAGGAGUAGCUAAGUGGGAGAAUGUUUGCGAUGCUCAGCUACAGUUGUCUUCGCGAUAAAACCUUUGUGACUCUGGGGGUCUAAGCUUCUCUCAUUGUCUAGAUCUUGCUCUGUGCAGGUUACUGGGCUCAAAUACAGCGUUGCCUCUUGUAGUCCUCUGUUGAUUUCCAGAAUCUUCGCUCUUCAGCCCCCCUGCAGGAAGAACAUGCCAAGACCCCGAAAGCGAUUGGCUGGGGCUGCUGGGUCAGACAAGGGACCAGCAGGAAAACGUACAAAAGCUAAGAGUAUAGGUGAGGCAUCAGCUAAAGUGGAGAACGCCAGCCCUCAGAAAAUUGCAGCCUCUGAAAAUGAUGAGAAGAGUCUAAGCAGCUACUGGCUGAUGAAGUCAGAGCCAGAAAGCCGAAUAGAGAAAGGUGUAGAUGUGAAGUUCAGCAUCGAGGAUCUCAAAGCACAGCCCAGACAGACAGCAUGUUGGGAUGGUGUCCGCAACUACCAGGCCCGGAACUUUCUUAGAGCCAUGAGGCUAGAGGAAAAAGCCUUCUUCUACCAUAGCAACUGCAAAGAGCCAGGUAUCGCAGGACUUAUGAAGGUGGAUGUCCAGUUUGUUCGGAUGAUGAAGCGUUUCAUUCCCCUGGCUGAGCUCAAAACCUAUCAUCAAGCUCAUAAAGCCUCUGGUGGCCCCUUAAAAAGUAUGGCUCUCUUCACUCGGCAGAGACUCUCAAUUCAGCCCCUGACCCAAGAAGAGUUUGACUUUGUUUUGAGCCUGGAGGAAAAGGAACCAAGUUAGUUGAGACACUGUAUCCAGACUGAACAAGGCAUUAUUCCAAAGAAGUCAAGUGUUAACAAGACAAAAGAAGGUGCAAAGGGGAUUGCUUGUUCUGUUCACUGGCUAUGUACAUAGGUGUUUUUUGUGUACUUUUUCAAUAAACAUUAAUGUGAAAGUUGGAAAGCUUUUCAUUACAAUAGCUGUGCGUGUAGAGAAUAUGCCACUGCAGAUCUUUUACCUCAGGGCUGGCUCUUUUUGCUCUUUAGCAACAUAGGAGGCUUCCUCUACCAUCUGCCUUUACUGUGGCAAACCCUAGGGUGGACGGAGGGCUCAAUCUGGUAAUAUCCCUAAAAGGGACUUGUGUCUUUCUACACCAGUUUUCUCACCUGCCCUUGAAGCAGUGUGGUUCAGGCUGGGUUUUAAACCAUCAGCAGCUUCAGGCCAAGUUGCCAGAUGGUGUUAAAGCACUUUCCACUCUUCACCAGGGCCAUGGACAUGGGGAG